AUUCCCUUCGACUUGACUCGCAAGCAACGACGAGAGUGUGUUGUAGUUUCACUUUAAUUUAUCCGACUAAAAUCGUCUUGCUCCGUCAUCGUCGUCGCGAGUGAUUAAGCGCUUUAGUGCAGGUGUGUAGUGCUACUUAAUCCGCCAAUCUAGACGGUAACAACACAAUCCCAUAGAGGUGCAGAGUUGGUAGAGUUCAGCCAAUUGACAAUAAAAUGAGUGACCAGGAACCGUCACGGGACCAGCAGCAGCCGCAGGCACGUGGAGUUGAGGCGCUUAAGCAGCAUGUUAUGCUUAACAAAAUUGACGCCGCGCUGUGGGCGUCCCGCGUGCUGACCGUCGUCUUCACCAUCGGAUAUAUCCUGCCAAUCUUUGGCAACCCCACCAAUGCGUACUACAAAGUAUUAAUGGCCAACGCGGCCACCAGUGCGCUCCGGCUGCACCAGCGCAUGCCUCCGUUCCAGCUUUCGCGCGACUACCUGCAGAAGCUGCUGCUGGAGGACUCGUGCCACUACCUGCUGUACUCGUUGAUUUUCCUGUACGCCUACCCGGUGCUGCUGAUCAUCUUCCCGGUGACGCUGUUUGCGAUCCUGCACUCGGCCAGCUACUCGCUGACGCUGCUCGAUACCCUCGGCCAGAACUCGUGGUGGGGCGCCCGGUUGUUGAUUUCGUUGGUUGAGUUCCAAACCCGAAAUAUUCUGCGAUUGGCGGCGUUCGCCGAAAUCUUCAUUAUGCCGUUGGCGAUCGUGCUGGUAUUUUUGGGCCGUGCCGGACUCAUGACGCCGCUGGUGUACUACCAGUUCCUGGUGCUGCGUUACUCGUCCCGCCGCAACCCGUACACCCGGAACGUGUUCUACGAGCUGCGUCUGGUUACGGAGAACUUUGCCAACGGUGCCCGCACUCCGCCAGUCAUCCGUAAGGUUCUGCAGUCGAGCAUCAGCCUCGUCAGUCGGUUAGCUCCGCCGAUGCAACAGCAGCAGCAGCAGCAGUAACAUUAACAACGGCGAACAAAGGGUCUCUCGUCGUCGAGCAUUGUUAAUUGACGAAGUAAUCAAAAGUUUUGAGAGAGAGAGCGAGGGAGGAGCAUUGCACAUUUUCACCCAAGACAACCGCCUUCACCACGAUCACCACCAACUCAUGAAAGACAAACCUUCACCAACAAACCGGAACAUUCUUCUGUGGGGCGGCAGUAUCCAACGAGGUUUUAAGCAAGACCGAGGACCAAACAUCGCUUCAUUCACGCACCAGAUCAUUGUGUAUUUUCGAGCAAAACCGCUAGCAGCUGUUACAUAGGUUACGGGGUAAGUUCGGUUAACAAUAUUAGAGUUUCUAAUAGAUGGAACGAAAAAAAAAGUCAGCAAUGUUUAGCAAGUGUGACCAGAGAACAGUUAGCUUCUAUUUAUCAGUUUUUAUUUUUAAAUGUUUCCCUUUACGUUAUUCUUGAAAGCGUUAAAAUCAUGCAUGCAACACUAUAACACUAACGUCGUUUCCGGUGUAGAAAGCGCGCUUCUCGCUUGGAAAUUCUGAAAGCCAAACUAAAACCAGCCAACAAUCAAAUCGUUCUCCUAUCACUUUCUAGCAUUUCCUGUAAUAAAAAAACAAGCAAAAUGGUGUCCCUUUUUUGUUUCCCACUUUAGAAAUUGUGUUUAUGAAAUAUUGAAGGUGUUUAAAUAAUUGUGUAAUAGAAAAAGACGACGAAAAACAAAAGGUGGAUUUAUGGGCAAUAAAUGUUUCUAAUUAAGUUUA